AUGGCGCCUGAGCUCCCGCUCAUACACACCGAAACCAAGCAUACUACAGCGGUUUGGCGAUGCAACAACUUACCAAAGGCCUUCUACUGCUCUCGGCUACAAUGGGGAAACACCCCAAGAAAUCUCGGGGGCUCAGUGAGGGGCAGAACUGGGAUAUCGGGCAGCUCCUAUCCCAGCCGAAUAGGACAAAAAUGGCGGACAUCCUCCAUGCCUCCACCCCGGACUCACUACCAGCUUCGGAAGAGGAGGAAUGAGAGCUGGAGGAGGCUAUACCUCCACCGCGGCAGAGCAAAGUGCCACCUGCACGACGGCCAGAACCACUCCUGGCACAAAAGUAGACCUGAGCUCCAUGGUCACGGAGCUCAAGAACUUCUUUGCAUCCAAAAUGGUGUGCCUGAAAGAGGAUCUGAGCACUCUGACAAGACACAUCAGUGCCACGGAAGAAGUUGUACAUGA